AUGACCGUUUCCCGCGGAUUGCUGGCUCGCGCAGCCGUCGCCCUGUCUCCUGUUCUGCUGCUGCUGCUCCUGUUCCGCGGAACGACAGCGGCGGCGGUACAGGACUUGGUGUACGCCGACGAGGACUUGAUGAAAGCUUCGCCACUCACGGUGGCCCAAUGCCGUGCAGGAUGUUUGCACAAGUUGGUGCCCAGAGACGUCGAAGCCACGGAAUGUGAGAAGAAAUCGGACUGUUGGAAGUGUUGGAAGUAUUGUGAAGUACUGCAGACCGAAGGCAAGAACAUGAAGAACAUUUGCGAACACAACUGUGACGUGGGUUGCCAGGAAGCCUGUUCGUUCCAUGACUGGCACGGAGGGUCGCAACACAGCCCCGUGGUGGAGGCCCGAGGCGAACGGGCGCUGACCAUCGAAUCUGGUACGCUACGUUGGCCUCGGCCAGCUGACCUGCUAUCGCCGUCCGCUCAACGUCUCGUGUACGUGAUUAUGAGGCGCCGGGACCCGGGAACCAGACGCACGUGGUCCCAACUGGGUCAGACACCCGGGUACAAGGCGCGGCUGCCCAAAACGACUGCACCAUGGACGGUCCGCGUGCUCGCAGUCUCGGCAGAGGGUCUGGUGACCAUCUUCAGCCCGGCCCCGGUCACCGCCACGUCUGUCCCACGGGUUCCUGUUGAAUCCGUGGCCGCUAGGGCUGCGGCGUCCGCCGCCUCACCACAGCUGGAGCUCGCAGCCACCCCACCACCCACACUGUCAUCCCCCACAGCUGCUGCCGUUUUGCACGACCUCCGCGACGCCGACAUUAUCAUCAGGAGCCUUGGCCGAGACCAGAUUCUCGGUAUCCGGUUGCCGUUGGCCGCCAGGUCGGCGCCCCAGGAAGAGUCUCUCCGCCUCAUGGGCGAUGACGACCCAUCGGACACAACUGAAAUGUGGAACCUGCGCGAAGUGUCGAUGAUCCAUCAAAAGGUGUUGGUGAUCGCUGAGGUGGCGUGGGACGCCCGGCAAGUCCACCGUCCCGCUUACCUGGUCACGUGGGAGAUCGACGGCGGUGGCCUGAAAGGCAACCUGUUCACGGACACCACGUGCGUCACUCUGUCCCUGUGGCCAGACACCGCAUACCUCAUACAGGUGUCUCUGCUGGGUGGAGCCGACGAGUCCGUGAAAAUGUCCACCAGCCCAACGUUGCUACUGGACACCAGGAGCGCUGUGCACUCGACUGCCGCUGCGGUGGAAGUCACGACAGCAGUGGCGGCGGCAGCGGCGGUGGCGGAGAUGGCCGCUUCGGACCGUUGGAGCGACGACGGCGCUAACGAAGACGAAGACGAAGACGCUGCGGCCGUUGUGGCCGCCGCCGGGGUAGACACCGUGGCCGUGGUGGCCGGAGAGGAAGACGUGACGGCCGAGCUAUCGGCGCCCGUGGCAGUGGCCGCUGGACUGGGGCACGCCGAGUGGCAGCUGUUGGCCGCGGCUGGAGCCGGCGUGGCCGUGUUCAUGUUGCUGGCCCUCGUACUGGCCUACCGCAGCACCGGCGGUGCAUCGCCCUCGCUCCACAAGGUGGUCCGGCACGACGACGCCGAGUGUCCACCACUGUUGGACUACGCGCCCCGACCACUGGACUUUUCCAAAUACUUAGGCCGCUGUCGGAGGUCCCAUCAACUGCUCGACGAGGACGCCGCAUCGCAGCAAGAACAACCGUCCGUGACGCACGUCCGGCAUUAA